CUGCCGCGGCUUGGUGCAGCUUGGUGCUCGUUGGCUGGUAGAGUACGAAUGUCAAUGCGGGCUCCGGUAUCAUCAACAUUUUGCUAGUACCAACUCUUGAGUUGCAGUCUUUGAACCCCAGCGUAUACACGUUUCUCUGAUCUACGGGAUACAGUUUUGUCUCACAAUCGCGAGAAUGGCCGCUGAGAAACAAGUUUCCUGCGGUCUGGACUUCUGUUCAGUCCCAGAUUUAAGCAACUGUUUAAUGACUGCAACAUCUUCAAGGUAUGAUUUUAUCUGCAUACCUUUGGUACAUCCAAAAUUCAAACGUGAAUUUAUUGAUCCUGAAUUGAAAAAACGCCCUGGGCCAUUCACAAGGUCUGACAUGAUUCUAUGCAGCUCCGACUGGAAUAACUUGGUGAUUGGCAAAUUGUCGCCUUACAUUAAUGUAGAUUGCAUAAAUCCAAUUUCCCGAAAGAAUAACGAGGAAACGUUAAACCAGGAAUUGGCAUUGGCCACACACCUGGGUCUUCCAGCGAUCACAUUCAAGCUUACAAGAAACAUGAAUCAGAAUAUUAAUUUUGCUCGAAUUAUUUACAACAAGUCCACAACUCCUUGUGCUUUCCAGGUAUGGGUUCAAGUUCCAAUGGAAAACCCUGCUAAGCAAGCCAACACGUAUAGAUCAGACAAGGGAGAUGAUGCGGUUGAAAGCACAUGGGAGUGGUGGAAUUCCUUGAGAUUAGUUUGCGACUUCCACGGGAAGCUUGGUGUUGCUUUGAUUGUUAGUCACGAUAUUCCUAGUGCAGAAGAGAUAGAUAGAUGGUUGGGUGAACCUCUGAAGUGCCUAAUCCUACCUACAACCUUGUUUAUUACCAAUAGAAAAGGGUAUCCAGUAUUAAGUAAGGCACAUCAAAUGUUACUGAAGAAGUUUUCUCCACUAAGGGUCCAAAUGAUUUUAUCCGGAUCAAACAGACAUCAGGAUAUCACUUUUUACCAUAAUUAUCUUGAUCAUCUCGCAAAGAGUUAUCAAAGUAAUGGACCAGUCGAAAGAUUUGCCAGGGGCUAUGAAGAUUAUUUGCAAUGCCCUUUGCAACCGUUGAUGGAUAAUCUUGAAUCUCAGACAUAUGAAAUAUUUGAAAAAGACCCAUUCAAAUACAAUCAAUAUCAGACCGCUAUUUACCAAGGAAUUCUUGACAAGGUUCCAGAAGCUGAAAAGGAUACCAAGACUUUAGUUAUCAUGGUUGUUGGAGCAGGUAGAGGACCCUUGGUACGGGCUUCUUUGAAUGCUGCUGAAAAAGCUCAAAGAAAAGUCAAGGUUUAUGCUGUCGAGAAAAACCCUAAUGCCGUUCUAACGUUACAGGCUUUAGAAAAAGAAAUAUGGGGAGACAAGGUCACUGUUAUAUCAUCUGAUAUGAGAGAGUGGGUUGCUCCUGAGAAAGCAGAUAUUCUUGUCUCUGAGCUCCUCGGAUCUUUUGGCGAUAACGAGCUUUCGCCGGAGUGCUUGGAUGGAGUUCAAAAGUUCCUAAGUGAUGAUGGAAUAAGUAUACCUUGUUCAUACACGUCGUACAUUAGUCCAGUGCAAUCGUCAAAGUUGUAUAAUGAAGUCAGGCAAUGUAAAGAAAAAGACAAGCACCCCCUGGCUCACUUUGAAACCCCUUAUGUUGUUCAUCUUCAAAACAAGUAUGAUAUUGCGCAACCACAGCCUCUCUUCACAUUCGUUCAUCCUAAUAGAGAAUCAAUUAUUGAUAACAACAGAUACGAAGUGAAAAAGUUUGUAGCAGAACAAAAUUCUGUAUUGCAUGGCUUUUCCGGCUACUUUGAAGCCGUUUUGUACAAAGAUGCGACUAUUAGUAUAGAACCGAACACACAUAGUCCAGGCAUGGUCAGCUGGUUCCCAAUUUUCUUUCCUAUCAAGGAAGCCGUUGUACUCAGUGCUGGUGAUAUGGUCGAGGUACACUUUUGGCGAAGGUGUACAUUAAAAAAUGUCUGGUACGAGUGGUGUGUCAGUAAACCUGCGCCAAGUUCCAUCCAUAAUCCAAAUGGGCGGUCUUAUACAAUUGGACUUUGAAUUACAAUGAGCUGUGUGAUGUGAAGGUUAAAAACCUGCAAAUUAAAUAAACAAAGAACCA